GCGAAGAAGAAGAUCGUUACCGUGGUAACGUCAAUAUCAUCUCUGGAUGCUGGCUUUCUAGCUAACGUUAGUUAGCGUUUUGACUUUUACCGUUAGAUUACAUUUUCCCAAUUUUCCUACGUAAAGUUGCCAACGAAGAAGCCUCUUCCGGGUGGACAUCUAGAAAGACGCUGUCGUGGAAGAAAAACGACCAAGAAGGAGUUCAGUUUAAGGCAUCAUGGCGAGUCAGCGGCCCCCCUCCGGCAUUGGCCGCCCAUUGAGCCGCAGUGGAUCUGUGGUCCCGGGCCCCGGAAGACCCCCAACCGCCAUUCGACCUCCUCCUACAGCCAUCCGUGUCGCCACUGGGAUGGUUCCGGGUACAAGCGGUCAUCCUGGUAUGAGGGGCGGCAUCCCAAUGGCCACCCCUGGAGUUCUCUCAGCACAGAUCAAAGUGACUGACAGGCCUGUCACCCAACAGGGGCUCAGCGGCAUGAAGACUGGCGUGAAAGGACCUCAGAGACAGAUUCUGGAUAAGUCGUACUACUUGGGCCUUCUUAGGAGUAAGAUCAAUGAGUUAACCACAGAAACCAGUAAGCUGCUCAAAGAGAUUGACAACUUCAAUCAGGAGAAUUCUGUGUAUCUCUCCUACGAGAGGAGGGCUGAAGGUCUGGCUUUAGAGAUCAAGGAUCUUCAAGGCCAGCUGGCUGACUACAACAUGCUGGUGGACAAGCUCAACACCAACACAGAGAUGGAGGAAAUGAUCAACGACUACAACGCUAUCAAAGCCCACAAUGACAGCGAGGCCAAAAGCAUCGACAGCAUCUUCACUGAGAGGAGGGAAAGAGAGGAGGCCAUCCGGGCGAUGGAAGAAGAGAUCAGGAGGGAAAGGCGGGUCGCUGAUGAGGUCGUACAAGCGAUGCCGGCUGCAAAGCAAGAGAAGUAUUUCACCAUGACAACAGCCAAUGAGGAACUGCUGCAGGAGCUGACGGUUCUCCAGGAGGAGCUGGACAUCCUGAUGACCAGGAAGGAGGACUACGACGCUGAGCUGGCCCACUCACACAUAAAGCAGGAAGUCGUUCGGCUCCAUGAGACUCUGUCGGCGCUGGAGGCCAAGCGAGACGCCAUGGAGGCCGAGCACAAGAGCCGGGGCUCCCCACAGGACGAGAGGGAGCAGUUAUUCAAACAGGUGAAGGAAGACAACCAGGAAAUCGCUAGCAUGGAGAGACAGCUCACAGAGAUCAGGGACAGGAUGGGACAGAUCACAGAGGACAUCCGGCAGCUGGAGCAGGACUCUGAGGACGCUCAGGGGGAGUGCCAGCAGAAAUACAAAGAGCUGAAGAGGAAAGAGGAGGAAAUUGACCGGUACCUGCAGUCGUUCGAGGAGUCCAGGGCUCACGAGCAGGACAGGAUGACUCAGAGUCAGGAGGACAUCGUCUCCCUCCUGGAGCACUGCAGCAGAAACAUGCUGCGGCAGCAGGUGAAUUCAGUGACAGACAGUGAGCUGAGGGACAUGCAAGAAGUGCUGGUCAGCAAGGAGACGGAGGUGGUCCAAUCAAAGAGCACGGCCAAAGGCCUGACCACUGAGUCCCAGCGUCUUCAGCUGGACCUGGAGAAGGUGCAGCAGCUGGAGGGGAAGAUCACAGGUGAGCUCAGCACCCUGAAGGAGCGCGUCACGGCCAUGGAGGCGGAGCUGGUGACCUACCGGGACCUGGACGCCCUGAGACACACGGCCGAGCAGAAGAAAAGGAGACUGCAGGAGGACCGCGUCCUGCUGACUCGCCGUCGGGACUCGCUGAGACAGCUGCUGGAGGAGAAGAACCAGAAAUACGAAGCUCUGAAGGCCGCGCUGCAGGAGAACGAGACGCACGCUCAGCUGACUAACCUCGAGAGGAAGUGGCAACACUUGGAGCAGAACAACUUUGUAAUGAAAGAGUUCAUCGCCUCCAAGUCUCAGGAGAGUGACUUUGCCUCCGUGGCCAAGAACGUCUCCCAACAAGUGGCGGAGUACAACAAGAGUCUUAUAGACGUCCUGCAGAACAACAGGAGCUAAACUCACAGCAACGACCCAACGCUCAGUUAACGUGAUUAAAAGGUCACUUUUUGUAUGUAAACGUGUAGGACGUAUCUUUAGUGCCGGUUAUUUGAAUGCAGUUUGUCAUGCGACGUGUUGAGAGACCGAAGCGCUUUGUACUGGACGGACAGACAGACACCGUCUCCUGUGACCCUGUUGUCCAACAGUAGGUGUAGCUGCUCGUCAUUCUUCAUACUACGUAUGUUCAAUGGACCAGGUUUUGGGGAAUAAAUAAAGUCUUCCUGUCACAUGUUCAA